GGGGCUGCCUCUCCACCAAGCUGAAUUAGGCUACAACCGGCAGAGGGGAACUUACCCGGUCGCUUCAUGGAGCAGUAUGGGAAUGCUCUGUCCGUAGCAGCGAAGCACAGGACUGGACAGCAGCCACAUUUCGGCUACAUCGUCCUAUUUUCCCUCUGCUGCUGCUGUGAUCAGGAGUGACACGAUUGUAUACUACGGCACCGGGAUUGGCUUAAAUAUCUGCGGGGUGUAAAAGGAGCGCGUUUAUUGCUGCGCCGCAGCCAGGAUGAUGUGACAAAUCAGAAAUCUGCUGCCUGUGGGAGGAAAAAAUCUCUGAAUCCGGAUAUUUUGUUUACUGGUGGACAUCAACUGAGCUGGUUGUUAUAAGGCUGGCAGGCCUGGGGUGGGACGGAGAACAUGGCUGAACCACGGCGGGAAAGCACCAGCAGCCUGCAGAGGAAGAAGCCUCCCUGGCUCAGACUGGACAUUCCCACGGCUCAGAUGUCCCUUGACGAGCCUUCUACCUUUGUUCAGCCGAUGAAGAGGCAGGGGUUUUUGCGCAGUAUAAGCAUGCCGGUGGAGACCUCUCACCUUCAGUCUCCACCACGUGACCUGUUUGACACCCGACGGCCUGUGUUGCAACGUCAGUCAUCCAUUACACAGACCAUAAAAAGCAGCAGGAGAGUGCACUUUGAGCGGAUUAACACUGUCCCCAUUAAGGGGCAGCGGGCUGCACGACGCAGCACCAGGAAACAUCACUCUCUCUCCAGAACUCUGCUCAGGGGAACGGCGGACUGGUUUGGGGUUAGUAAGGAUGGCGAUGCCACCCAAAAAUGGCAGAGGAAAAGCCUGCGUCACUGCAGCAUGCGCUAUGGAAAGCUCAAACCACAGGUGAUCCGAGAGAUGGAUUUACCCAGCCAGGACAACAUAUCCUUGACCAGCACUGAGACUCCACCUCCCCUCUAUGUUUCCAGCUCACAGCAUGGAAUGCAGAAGAUUGUGGAUCCAUUGGCGCGUGGAAGGGCCUUUCGAAUGGUGGAGGAGGUGGAUGGCUACAGUGUACCUCAGACCCCCAUCACCCCUGGAGCUGCCUCAAUUUGCUCUUUUACUAGCUCCCGCUCAGGUCUUAACCGGCUGCCUCGCCGCCGUAAGAGGGAGUCUGUUGCAAAGAUGAGCUUUAGGGCCGCAGCAGCGCUGGUCAAAGGACGGUCAUUACGGGAGAGCACUCUAAAACGAGCUCAGAGACGAAGCUUCACCCCUGCCAGUUUCAUGGAGGAAGAUGUUGUUGAUUUUCCUGAUGAACUGGACACUUCCUUUUUUGCCAGAGAUAUGAUGCACGAGGAGAUGUCCACAUAUGCAGAUGAAGUAUUUGAGUCGCCAUCUGAGGCAGCCAUUAAAGAGGCAGAACCCAGCGGCAAGAAAGAUGAGAUGGAGCUGACUGGCAGCGCCCUAGAUAAGACUGAACUAGAGAGAAGUCACCUCAUGCUACCUCUGGAGAGAGGAUGGCGAAAAGCCAAAGAAGGAACUCCGGGACCACCAAAGGUGCCCUUGCGUCAAGAGGUGGUGAGUGUUAAUGGACAGAGGCGUGGACAGCGCAUUGUUGUACCUGUCAAGAAGCUUUUUGCCCGUGAGAAGAGGCCUUAUGGAUUGGGCAUGGUAGGAAAACUCACAAACCGCACCUACCGCAAGCGCAUCGACAGUUAUGUCAAGAGGCAGAUUGAGGAUAUGGAUGACCACAGGCCUUUUUUUACAUACUGGAUCACCUUUGUCCAUUUACUCAUCACUAUCUUGGCUGUAUGCAUUUAUGGUAUUGCACCAGUGGGCUUCUCCCAGCACGAGACGGUUGAUUCUGUUUUAAGAAACAAAGGUGUGUAUGAAAAUGUCAAGUUUGUGCAGCAGGAGAACUUUUGGAUCGGGCCUAGUUCAGAAGCCUUGAUCCACUUGGGGGCCAAAUAUUCUCCAUGCAUGCGACAAGACAAGCAGGUGCAUGAGCUAAUCAGGGAAAAGAGAGCUGUUGAACGCAACUCUGCCUGUUGUGUGCGGAAUGAUCGCUCUGGCUGUGUCCAAACCUCAGAAGAAGAAUGCUCGAGUACUUUAGCUGUGUGGGUGAAGUGGCCACAGCAUUCCAGCACUCCCCAGUUGAAUAGUAAAGACAGGCAGUAUGGUUCAGUGUGCCAUCAGGAUCCCAGGAUAUGUCUGGAGCCUGCUUCAGUGUCGCCUCAUGCAUGGCCUGAUGACAUCACACAGUGGCCAAUUUGUACAAGGUACAACACAGGAAACCAUACCAACCUGCCUCAUAUAGACUGCACCAUCACAGGCCGACCCUGCUGCAUUGGAACCAAAGGGAGGUGUGAAAUCACAUCCCGGGAAUAUUGCGACUUUAUGAAGGGCUACUUUCAUGAGGAGGCUACUCUUUGCUCUCAAGUGCACUGCAUGGAUGAUGUCUGUGGACUGUUGCCUUUCCUCAACCCUGAGAUUCCAGAUCAGUUUUACAGGCUUUGGCUCUCUCUUUUUCUGCAUGCUGGGAUCCUUCACUGUCUGGUGUCGGUGGCUUUCCAGAUGACCAUCCUGCGGGACUUGGAGAAAUUGGCAGGCUGGCUGCGCAUAUCAAUCAUUUACAUCCUCAGUGGUAUCACUGGCAAUUUGGCUUCAGCCAUCUUCCUGCCCUACAGAGCGGAGGUGGGUCCGGCAGGUUCUCAGUUUGGGAUCCUGGCAUGCUUGUUUGUGGAGCUGUUUCAGAGCUGGCAGAUCCUGGCGCAGCCCUGGAGGGCCUUCAUCAAACUGCUAUGUGUGGUGCUCUUCCUCUUUGCCUUUGGGCUGUUGCCCUGGAUUGACAAUUUUGCCCACAUUUGUGGCUUCAUCUCUGGCUUCUUCCUGUCCUUCGCCUUUUUACCCUACAUCAGCUUUGGCCGAAUGGACCUUUACCGCAAACGCUGUCAGAUUAUCAUCUUUCUGUUGGUGUUUGUUGGUCUCUUUUCAGGCCUUGUGGUGCUCUUUUAUGUCUACCCAAUCAAGUGCGACUGGUGUGAAUUACUCACGUGCAUCCCCUUUACAGACAAAUUCUGUGAGAAAUAUGACCUCAACGCUCACCUCCACUGAAGUGUGAGCAUAGCAGAAGGUAUCAGGUCAAUGGGUGUGAAGUGGUUGAAGGGACAGUCACCCCCUUUUCUCUGUGAACUAAAACAAUGUGGUUGUGCUCUUUCACUGUCAUUAUGAAUACUUGUACCCUUCACCAUAAGGACUUCAUUUAUUUGUUUCCUUGAUCACAGGCAGUCAUUGUCACUCCUUCACUGUCCAGUGAACCACAGCUAUGGCACCUCAGAAACUCAUCAAGCACCAAGUUGCCCUUUACAUGAGAGGCAGGAAUACACGAAGCAAUUGCUGGUACAAAGAGAAGGAUCAUUUUAUACAAUUAUAAUCCAGAUAUGGUUUUUAUUAUUAUUCAGGCAACCUCAUACAGAAGCAGGGACAAAAAUAUUGAUACCUUUGGUGCCUUGUUGAUAAAUCUACCAACUACUGCCAUAUUUUUGUUACAUUAUGCUGAGCACUCGAAUGUUUCCUUUUGUUUAUUGCUUCUCAAGAAGUGAUUAUUGUUUGAACAUGGUAGUGUUUUAGCUACCUGUCUAGACACAUGUAACUAAAAGAAAACAACAACAAAAAAGGAAAAACAGUAAAAAAAAAUCUACAAAAUGAAAAUGUGUGCUACUUGUCUUAUUUGCCAGAAAUGAUUCCUUAAAGUUGUUUUGCAGUUUAUUAAAAUCAAACAACAAACAUUUCAGUUAUCGACUAACAAUCAAUCCAUCAGUCAACUUGUAAAAGCUGAAUGAUCAGUGUGCAGCCCCUCUAG